UUCCAAAAUUUUCUUCGCUGCCGGCGAUUUUCGCGCGUCACUUUAGCUUCACUAUCACAACUCAACUUCACCUUGACUUUGCCCUCAACUCCAUUGCCAACCGCAAAACACACCCUCUCCGAUUCCACAAGCCGCUGGGGCUCAUAACACUACACAUCUGUAGUUUUGCUUGCAACACCGUCAAUAUGCCAAUGCCUAGGGCUAACGUUCAAAGCCUGGGCGCCCAUGUCUCCAACAUGGCUGGCUCGGCGCGCAGUUACGUCUUUGGUAACAAUAGUCGAAACUCGAAACAGAACAGCAUCAAAACCGAAGCAAUGAUGGACGAUGAUGAAUCUAGCAGUGGAAGCGACUCCGAUAGCGACAUGUCGGAUGGCGAGGGCACCGAGAACUUUCUUUCCAAAAUCAACGCUGCCACAGCCGCCAAAAAGACGAAUGCAGCAGCCAAAGGCGGUGCCAAACUGUCGGACAGCGCUUCAACACCAGCUACAGCUACGAAGAAGGCAUCGAUGUUUAAAGCCGAGCCGAACGUGACCGAAAAGAAGAUCAAACCCGAGCCUGCUACGAGUAGCUCUGAGAGCAGCUCCGAGUCGGAUUCAGAAGACGAGAAGACAGCAAAGAAGUCUGCGGCUGCCACUAAGAAAGCCAUCUCCAAACCCGAGCCCAAAAAGGCACCUGUGUCUUCGGAUUCGGACUCUUCAAGCGAGAGCGACAGUGAUGAGGAUCAAUCUGGUGCCAAGAUAGCCGCACCACAAAAUAACAAGCAGUCGAACACCACUGCCAAUAACGAAAGUGAAAGCUCGAGCUCCGAGGAGAGUGAGGACGAGUCUGAGGAGGAGGCACAAGUCUCUAAACCAUCCAAGACUGCAGCAAAGGACAAGACCAAGAAGGCAACCAAGGCAGCUGCGAUAGUGAAGAAUAAGGCCGCCGCCGAAAGUUCCAGUUCUGACUCUGAGUCCGAGUCGGAUUCUGAUUCUGACUCUUCGGAAGAGACGUCUUCCUCGGAAGACGAGAAAGCCAAGCCUGCCAAAGCGAUCGCGACAAAGAAAGCUGUCAACGGUGUUGCGAAAUCCAAGUCAAAGAAGCCGGCUGAUGAUUCUGAUGUGGAAAUGGCCGACGAGUCGUUUGCGCUUGUGUCAAAAAGCCAGCCUGCCGAUGGUGAACUGGCCGACGAAUUUGUUAGGGAGGGCUUCCAGUUGCGCAAAGCUUCAGAGGACACAGAUGUCUCAGAGGUUCUGAAUGUUUUCAAGCAGGCGAAGCGCGAGGGCAAGCAGAUCUGGUAUUUCACCACCCCGGCAUCAGUGCCAGUCAGCGUUGUGGAGAAGAUGAACUUUCCUAUGCGCAAUGCGCAGACCGGCGACCCCAUUGUGUCGCACAAUGGGGUAGACUAUGGUGUUGAUCUGGGAGCUACCGGAGUGCCCAGCACCUACAAGAUUCUUGUGCCGGCAAAGAAGGGCAGCAAAUAUGAGAUGGUAGAUCGGGGCAUUGACCAUACCAUGCACCUUAAGAGAAUCACUCAGCUUGCUGCCUCUGACUUCACGGCGAAACCCAAGGCUGAAAUAACUGCCAAGCCACCAAGACCCCAACCUCCGGUACUGAAGAAGCGAUACACGCCUAUUGGUGUCCCUACGCCUAUUCUUCCCCCACUUCCGUCGGUCCUGAAGUCGAGAGGCGAUGUGGCUAUGACCGACGCUCCAGAGGAGAACGGAUCGGCCUCUGAAAAGAAGUCCAAGAAGCGCAAGGCCAACGCAGAGGAAGCCGCCAAGACCCCCUUGAGCGAGACAAAGUCGAAAAAGGCCAAGACUAUAAACUCUAUAUCGGCAGACCCUUCCAUCCCAAAAAGCACGCCACCCUCCAGCACACCCAUGGGUACCGGCAAGAAGCCGCAGGCGAAAGGAAAGACCACAGCUACGGCAACUCCAGUCUCGCAGGCAAAAGCCAGGUCAAAGAGCUCCGCCGAGCCUCCAAGGACGCAAACCCCAGUUCCGCUGCCCAAAAUGCCGGGAUUGAAGAGGUGAUCGCCGUUUAUUUGAGAAUCGUAUCUUUGACCAGCGCCUGUCGCGCUUUUAUUAUAGGAUGCAACUCUUGUUCCCAAUUUUACAGCAAGGCCUUCAAGGGGCUCAUAGCCCCGUCGAGACCUUGGCUUGCUGGAGUGAGGGAGAGCUAACUAUGACCGGUUCUUUUUAUUGAACUAUUAUCGCCUACUGCGAGGCUUAAGGAUUAAUAGCAGACGGGAUGGUUUUAUGGUGAACCGUCCGCAUACAACUUGUUCUAGAACGACAAGCUUGGUUAUCGAAGCCUUGUUGCGGAUUGGUUGUUUUUGUUACAUAUUGCACGUGCCGGCCCAGUCUUUGGAGAAUCUUGGGCCUCAAUACCUACCUAGGUACCUAGAUCAGUCGAGGCGUUUUAUACUGCAUCUGACGGAGUUCUGUAUAUCCCACUAGAGUUUGGGGUUUUUUUCCUCUUGAUUGUCAUCUCCGAUGAAUAUACAGCCACGCUGUUAAACAACCUUCGAUACCUCCAAAUGGACCCAUAUCAGUUUGUAUUUUUAGCAUUGGCCGUGACAAGGAAGUAUCUUGGAGUUGCAAAAGAUGAUCAGAUCGGUCACAUCUUGUGGUUCAAGAGAUGGCAAUCAGACCGCUAACGUCUGGUAGUUCAUACACUCACUCUCCUUUGGCUAACCAAUGGGUGGCUGUGCCAGACAAUUAUUGUGCUCCGAUGUACCACCCAACCAAACUGAAUUACCUACUCCUUUGUACCUCCAAUGCUAUAAAACGACAUAUGACGCUAAACGCUUUUGUCAUUUUCUCAUCAUUUUCUGGCCACAUCAAAACCAAGACUAUCACCACUGCACACAUGGCAAGAGGUCAAAGGGAAGAUCAUAGUAGCUAUUUUAUUUUUGUUAUUUGCAUUAUAUGUACCCGACUACUUGGUACACAAAUCAAGACACCCGAAUCUAAUAAGGU